CGGCAGUAAUCCGACCCCGCGGGCGCGGGGAUUGAAGACGCGCAAGGGAGAGCCGCGAGCGGCGAGCUGCGAACAAAAGCCCUCCGCGCGGGGCCCAAGCCCGGGACGUGCGGGACUCCACAAAAGGACAGGACUCAGCCAUGGUGGACCCGGUGCCGGAAGAGGAAAAGGAGGGAGCCGAGCCUGAAGGUUCGGAUGGGGAUGCAGCCGCCGCACCUGGCCCCCCCGAGGCACAGGGGGCCCAGCAGCCCGCCGCCUCCUCGGCCUCAGCCUCAGCCUCGGGCUCGGCCUCGGCGGCGGCGCCCCGUAAGGCUGAAGUCCCGAGCGCAGCGGAAGAAGGCGGGCGGCGGGAGCAGUCUCCGCUGCUCCACCUGGAUCUCUUCAACUUCGACUGUCCGGAGGCCGAGGGCAGCCGCUACGUGCUGACCAGUCCCCGCUCGCUGGAGGCCUGCGCCCGCUGCGCAGUCAAGCCCGUGGAGCUGCUGCCACGGGCCCUGGCAGACCUGGUGCGCGAGGCCCCGGGCCGCUCCAUGCGAGUGGCCACCGGCCUGUAUGAGGCCUACGAGGCGGAGCGGCGCGCCAAGCUGCAGCAGUGCCGGGCCGAGCGAGAGCGCAUUGUGCGCGAGGAGAAGCGGCGCCUCUUCACGCCCUUGGGGACUGCGGCCACCGCCGCCUCGGUCCCCGGCGCAGCUGGCAGCAGCAGCAGCUGCAGCAGUGCCAGCCUCCCGGGCUCGCCUGCGCCGCGCGCCACCCGCAAGGCCUCUUCCAGCCCAUCUCCGGCCCGGACGCAACCACCGCCCGCGGCUUCGCGGGCAGGUAGGAAGAGCCACUCGCUAGACUCGCUGUCCCGUCGGCGCGAGGGCGCCCUCAGUUCUGAGUCUGGCGCGUCGUCGUCCUCCUACAGCGGGGAGAGCCUGCGGGAGCUGCGCUGGCCUCCGCGGGCCUCGGCCAGGAACAGCUGUCCGGCGGGCUCCGCGUCCUCCGCCCCUAACCCCCUGGGCCGUCCUUCCGCCCUGGCCUUGGUGCCGCUCACAGGCCGCAGCUUCAGCCUAGGUGACCUGAGCCACUCUCCGCAGACGGCUCAGCACGUGGAGCGCAUAGUGCGCCAAGUGCGCGCCGAGCGGGGCCUGCGCGGGGUGCCGGACCGCGACCGAAAGAUCGCGGCUCUGAUGCUGGCGCGCCACCAGGAGGAGCGCCUGCUGCUGGAGCAGCGCGCCGCGGCGCACGGCCAGUGGGAGCAGCAGCGCGUGCGGGCGGAGCAGCGGCGGGAGCGCGAGGAGCGGGAGAAGCAGCGCGCGCUGGAGCAGGGCCGCCGGGCCUGGGCGGCGCAGGUGGAGGAGCGGCGCGGCCGUCGCGGGCGCGAGGAACGGGAGGAGGCGCGGCGGCGGCAGCGGGAGUGCGAGCGCAGCGAGGAGCGGCGGCGGGAGCUGGCCGAACGCCAGGGCCUACUGCGGCGGGAGCGGGUUGAGCGCGCGGCCCGGGAGGAUCGGCUGCGCAAGCUGCAGCAGGAGCAGAACCUGAAGCAGCGGGAGGAGGGCCUACAGGAAGGGCGCGAGCGGGCCGAGUUGGUCCGCAGGGAGCGCGCCCAGCGCGCGGCCCGCACCAAGCAGCGGCAGGAGGGCCAGCUGCUGCGGGAGAAGCGGGAGCUGAGCCGGGCGGAGCGAGCACGCCACGAGGCGCUGCUGCAAGGCCGGGCCCGGCAGGAGCGCGUGGAACGAGAGGGCUUGCGGAGUUCCCUAGAGGCCAGCUUGGGCCGCGCACAGGAGAACUACGAGCAGCUGGUGGAGCAGCGCGCGCGCGAGCUGCGGGAGCGGGCCCGGCGGGAGGAGCUGCAGGGCCGGCGGGCCAAGGAAGUGGCAGAGCGCAAAGGGCGCGAGCACCAGGCGCACCUGGAGGCGCUGGCCCGGGCCGGGGAGCGGCGGCUGCAGCACGCUACGCAGGCAGCCGAGGAAGCUGUGCAGCAGAAGGCAAGGCGUGUGGGCCAGAGCCGGUUGGAGAAGGAACGAGCCCAGCGCGCCAAUAAGGAGAAGGUGGAGAGGGACGAAGACUCCCGCCGGCGGGAGCUGCUGCAGGCCAUCGGGCGCAAGCUCGAGCGGAGCGAGCAGCUUUCUCGGGAGCGGCGGAGCGCACUGGAGACCGCCCGCUCCACGGCCCGGGCCUCCUUCCACGUGCGGGAGAAGGUACGCGAGGAGACCAACACGCGCUCCUUCGACCGCAUGGUGCGGGAAGCCCAGCUGCACGCCAGCCUGGACCGCAAAUGACCACCGUCCUGGGCUGGCCAGGCUGCCAGGCUCAGUCCUGCGGGGCCUCCCUUGGCAUUUAUGACCAGACUAGGGGAGUCUUCGGUUGCAGCUCAACGCCCUGGCCUCGCCAGGGUCUUGACCAGUGAGGCAACGAGAGGACAGAAAGACCUGACAGCCCACCGCCUUUUAAAAAAACAGACUUUAUUUGCAAAUGACAUAGCACAAUCUUUAACCACAUCCAUCCUGGGUGGCUCCCGCAGCGACCCUUGCCAUGCUUCCCAGUGUGUCUUUGGGCUUGGAAUAGAAAAAGAACUGGGAGAGGGGGGCUGAGUGGGGACGAGGCGAGGGAGGGCCUCUGUAGGAGAGGGUGUAGCGGUGGCCGCCCCCUUCUGCAGCAGUCAGCCCAGGCACCUUCCGCAUAUUGUUGCCUGGGGUGACAUUGGUAUCUGCAGCUGAGGUGGCCUGACCUUGGCUCCCCUCCAUCUUUUUAAAAU